GUAAUUACGUGUUGACGGAUCAACGGUUGAGACUGACAAGACAUUUAUCAUCGGUUUGGUUUAUUCGAGAUGCUCGGAAGUGAUCUUGUGCGCUAAGUAAAGAAAAGGUAUAAUCAGGCGGCGAGAUUCGUUUUUACAGUUGAAAACUUCCACAUUGUAAUCCAGAAAUCGGGCAGCGAAGCGCUAGCUAUAAAAAUAUUCAUUGUAAGAAGCGGGGAAUCCCCCAUUCCACCACAACAUGGAAAAAGCGACCAGAGCAAGGCAAGAAGUAUCCGCGAAAAUUUUCAAAGAAUUUUUCAACAUUCCAUUCCUCCCGAAGUCGUCCCACAUAGAUGACUCCAUGCAAUUUCUCGAUUACUGGUACGACUUCUACAGUACGCUGAAAGAAAUUCGACCGGGCAAAAACCAGGAUUAUACGAUCACGGACUUCCUCGCGGUGUUUGAAAUUCUUCCCCCCGAGCUCGACGAAUUAAAAAAAUGCGAAUUUCUCGGCGACACAUUUCGGGAUGAAGCGAACUACGACUUCGCGUCUGGGAGGUAUCGAGACGCCGUGGUAUCGUACACUCGCAGUCUGAUGACGGCACCGGCAAACACAGAGUGCAUCGCAAUGACGUAUGCCAACCGAUCAGCAGCCUUGUACCGGUUGAAAGCGUACGCGGAAUGCAUCUCCGACAUAGAAAGAGUCCUCGACCUUCCUUACCCAGAUGAUUUGAGACAGAAAAUAAUUACCCGCAAAGAAGAGGCUGAAAAGAAUAUGAAUAACUCUUGUGCGGAAGACAAAGUCGAAGCGAUUGAAGACGAGCUGCAACUCGCUUACGGGCCAAACGCUAAGGUGCCAGAAAUUAGCAAGGAAAUCGACAUUGUUCAAACUUGUCAAGAGGGGUUGAAGCUUGUGGCAAAAACGGAUUUCGAUCCAGGCGAUGUUCUGAUUAUCGCAAAGAGGCAGUUGGCCGUGGCGGAAUACGACCAAGAUCCGACUUAUUGUCAUGAUUGUUUAAAGCCGUCCUUGUGCCUCAUUCCCUGCGAUUAUUGCUGCGAGGAUGUCUACUGCUCGACUGAAUGCCGUAUCAGGGCGUACAAGAAGUAUCAUCGCAUAGAAUGUAAAAUACAAUCCACUCUGGCUGCGUCUUUUCCGAUGGAUUUGAGAGCGCUACUUUACCAACUGAGGUGUUUGAAUAUUUUUACCAAACAAGGCGCUAACUUGAAAGCCAUACUGGAUGAUCUUAAAGAAAUUGAUGAUAAUUCAGAUUCUGAAAAACUUGAAUUUACCGACGAACAGUUUGCUCCAAAUUCACGGCAAGCGUUUCUGAACAUGCUAAAAAAUAAAAAUUCUAAAGCAAAACACAAUUAUAUUUCAUUAUUCGAAGCGGCUUACAUCGCAACAUUGCUCAAGAAUCAUACCAACUUUCUUCAGAAAAAUAGUGACCUUCCAGUUGUCGCAGAGAUAAUGACCAAAAUUAACAAGAUUUGGCCAUGGAAUCAUUUUGGGAUCAUGUACCAUGGAGAAAAGAGAAUCAAAGCGCGUGCUGCAUUCCCGAUACUCGGGCUAGUCCAACAUGCGUGUGUUAAUAAUACUAUAACAUACCUCGACAAAAAGGGAAGAAUUGUAAUACGUGCGUCGCUAUUCAUAAGACCUGGAGAUGAGAUACUUCAUGACUACCAGCAAUUGCACUACACGUUCCAAGAAAUGUCAAGCAAAUCUGGACGAUUGGUGCAGUGUAGGCGCCACUGCAGCAAGUGUGAUAAAUCAUUCUCGUACCCAAUCGAAAGACAGCCAAAUAUUAAAGUAGAUAAGAGAUUACUCGUAAUUUUGGAAAAGAACCCUUUCAACAUUGAGGCACUGUGGAAACUGCUAAAUAUUGUCAGGAGGAGCCAGCAACCUUUCACUCUACAAACACAGGUCGUAAAAAUCCUCCUGACUGAGGGAUACGAACAGCGAUUUGACAUUGCGAUUGGUCACAUGAACUUGUACAUGCUUGGCGUAUUUGAAAAUAUGCCGUAAUUUUUCGAAAGA